AUGGCGACCCCAAGGCUCCCUUUCCUGUAUCCAAAUUUGAUGCGGGCUGUGAGGGCUUGUGAACCUAGUACAUACCGCUCCCUCCGCUUGACCUAUCCCAAUUCGAGCAAUCGCCGCUUUCAUACCAGCCGCCGCCGGGAUCGCGAAGCCUACCAAAGACGCUACGGUCCAGCCGUUGAACCGAGUGUCUCAUCAUCGCGCAGCCAAAAGAGCACUUCAGACAAAGUGCCGGAAGAGGUUCCAGCGGAAGAAGAAGAAUCCUCGAGUCCCGCGGAGCAAGGGGAGGAUUCACCGGCAGAGUCCCUUUCGGACCAACCCCAGGAAAAUGCGGAAAACACUGCCGACACCCCGAAGCAUGAAUCUCCUACCCCGGCUCUAGAUGCGCAAGAUAUAUCAGAUGCUCGGAAAGAUGACCCUCCGACAGAUCGGGAGGCGCAUGAAGAAUUCGGGAAGGAUGCGGAGAGCUCUGAGCCCGAGGAGACCCAAUCUUCAUCGACCAAUACCUCCGAGGCCCCUUCUGCCGAGGACAAGCCGGAACCAUCUACAUUCAACAAUCAGACUCCGUUCGACGAUGUGCUUCAUAUGCCCUCCCCAUCUGUGUAUCUCACACCGUCCGAACAAUCCUCUUCGUCCGACGACCGUCCACACCUAUCUCCCGCACCCUAUGUACACCACUUCGAUACAUACUCGCUGGUCCAGGACCUCACAAAAGGCGGGUUCAGUCCUCAACACUCCAUCACCAUCAUGAAGGCCGUGCGAGCUAUUCUGCAGAACAAUCUUGACCUAGCCAAGGAAAGCUUGACCUCGAAAUCUGACGUUGAGAACGAAGAAUAUCUAUUCAAAGCAGCUUGCUCAGAGCUACAAUCAUCGCUCCAGACAGCGCGGAACUCGGAAAUUCAGCUCCAGCGUUCAUCGCGCACUCAAUUGCAGCAUGAAACGGAUAUCAUUUCCCAACGCGUGGGCCAGGAGAUUUCGGGUGUUAAAGAUGACAUCAAGGGCAUGUUCAAUGAUCACAAGAUGGUUACUCGUGAGCAGCAGCGGAGCAUCGAUACUUCGGUCCAGGAGUUGAAUUACAAAAUCACCGUGUCCCUGAACAGCGAUGGAAAGAGCGAGAUUGAAAGUCUGCGGUGGAUUCUGACAAGACGUGCUGCAAUGACGAUUGCCAUCUGUGCCUUCAUGAUUAUUGUCUUCCUCAAAUAUGCAUCCACACGCAAGGUUCCCGAGUCGAAGAGCACCAAGGAAGAAGAAAAGCCCAUCGUCAAGGAAAUCACCACUAAAACCCAAGUUAUCCAUGAUGCCGACCUUCAAACGAUGGAUUCCAGCGGUGGUGCGCACCUCGGUGAAUCUCUCGGGUGA